UGUGCUCGGGCAAGUUUUACUUCUCCCUAGAGCAGGGGUGUUUGCCAGCAGCCUGCACUCUCGGAAAUCAGACUUGAGUGGCCGGAACCCUUAAGACCAGAGGCUUACCAUGCUGCUCCCUAGGAGGGCCAGGAACUGCUGACGUGACCACUGGACAGUUAUUCGUGUCUCUUACAAUUACCAAACAGAAUGGACAAGCUUAAUAAAAUAACCGUCCCCGCCAGUCAGAAGUUGAGGCAGCUUCAAAAGAUGGUCCAUGAUAUUAAAAACAAUGAAGGUGGAAUAAUGAAUAAAAUUAAAAAGCUAAAAGUCAAAGCACCUCCAAGUGUUCCUCGAAGGGACUAUGCUUCAGAGAGCCCCGCUGACGAAGAGGAGCAGUGGUCCGAUGACUUUGACAGCGACUAUGAAAAUCCAGACGAGCACUCGGACUCAGAGAUGUACGUGAUGCCCGCCGAGGAGAAUGCUGAUGACAGCUAUGAGCCGCCUCCAGUAGAGCAGGAAACCAGGCCGGUUCACCCAGCCCUGCCCUUCGCCAGGGGCGAGUAUAUAGACAAUCGAUCAAGCCAGAGGCAUUCCCCACCCUUCAGCAAGACACUUCCCAGUAAGUCCAGCUGGCCUUCAGAGAAAGCAAGGCUCACCUCCACCCUGCCAGCCCUGACUGCUCUGCAGAAACCUCAAGUCCCACCCAAACCCAAAGGCCUCCUUGAGGAUGAGGCUGAUUAUGUGGUCCCCGUGGAAGAUAAUGAUGAAAACUAUAUUCAUCCCACAGAAAGCAGUUCACCUCCACCUGAGAAAGCUCCCAUGGUGAAUAGAUCAACCAAGCCAAAUUCGUCAACGCCUGCCUCUCCUCCAGGAACAGCUUCAGGUCGAAACAGUGGGGCCUGGGAAACCAAGUCACCUUCACCAGCUGCACCAUCCCCGUUGCCACGGGCCGGGAAAAAACCAACAAAACCACUGAAGACAACUCCAGUUGCCUCUCAACAGAAUGCUUCAAGUGUUUGUGAAGAAAAACCUAUACCUGCCGAACGCCACCGAGGGUCAAGUCACAGACAAGAAGCUGUGCAGUCACCAGUGUUUCCUCCUGCCCAGAAACAAAUCCAACAAAAACCCAUACCUCUGCCAAGAUUUACAGAAGGGGGAAACCCAACUGUGGAUGGGCCCCUACCCAGCUUUUCAUCUAAUUCCACUAUUUCAGAACAGGAAGCUGGCGUUCUCUGCAAGCCAUGGUAUGCUGGUGCCUGUGAUCGAAAGUCUGCUGAAGAGGCAUUGCACAGAUCAAACAAGGAUGGAUCAUUUCUUAUUCGGAAAAGCUCUGGCCAUGAUUCCAAACAACCAUAUACACUAGUUGUAUUCUUUAAUAAGCGAGUAUAUAAUAUUCCUGUGCGAUUUAUUGAAGCAACAAAACAAUAUGCCUUGGGCAGAAAGAAAAAUGGUGAAGAGUACUUUGGAAGUGUUGCUGAAAUCAUCAAGAAUCAUCAACAUAGUCCUUUGGUUCUUAUUGACAGUCAGAAUAACACAAAAGAUUCCACCAGACUGAAGUAUGCAGUUAAAGUUUCAUAAAGGAAAAAAAAAAGAUCAAUACCAUUGCUUCAGACACUUUCCCCAAGUUUCUCCUUUUGAGAAAAAGUCCCAAAACUUCAUAUUUUGGAUUAUGAAUCAAACAGUAAUAAAAUGGAAGGUGGAGUCAGCUAUUGAGGUGGUCAUCCAUUUCUUUUUAAGAAGCUCACAUGGACUUGUUCUACCUGUUGCCUGACCUGAUGAACUGUUAAUAUCUGGUGAGAUUGAGUUAUCAUGCUACUAAUAUUUUCCAAAUAAAUAUCUUUAUUUUAAAAA